AAAAUUUGUUUUAUUUUUCCAUUUUAGCCUUAAUAUUGGCGACCAACAAAUAAACUUCAAUGUCAGCUGCCACCUGUUCCCGCCUACAUUCAAAAAUGGCACCCACAACUAGCUCGAAAGUAAAUGCAUCUAACGAUGUCUCGCUAACUCUCAAAUUGGGUAGUGCACACAAUCGUCCCUGUGGUUUAUCCAGUGGCUAUACAAGUCGUAAUGGAACCAACAGCAGUAGUGUGGGUUCCAGUGAAUCCUCAGAUCCUGUUGAAUCAGAUUACAGCGAGGAGACUGAUGAAGAGCAGCAUACAAAACACACAAAAAGUCAUACUGAAAAUACCUAUGAAGAUAUAGACGAGGACGACGAUGAUGAUGAAGAAGAUGAUGAUGAUGAGGAGGAGGAAGAUGAUGAUACGGAUGAUGAUGGCAAUGAAACAGAUGAUGAAGAAGAUGAUACUUCAGAGGAUAAUAGUAGUGUAGAAACAGCCAAAGGUGUUAGAAAAUAUAGUUUAGACGAUUAUCAAAUUAUUAAAACAGUUGGAACUGGAACAUUUGGACGAGUAUGUCUGUGUCGUGAUCGUGUGUCAGAGAAAUAUUGUGCCAUGAAACUUUUAGCGAUGGCUGAUGUAAUUCGCUUAAAACAAGUCGAACAUGUGAAGAAUGAACGCAAUAUAUUGCGUGAAAUUAGACAUCCCUUUGUUAUUAGUUUAGAAUGGUCAACAAAAGAUGACUGUUGUUUAUACAUGAUCUUUGAAUACGUCUGUGGUGGUGAAUUAUUCACAUAUUUAAGAAAUGCUGGUAGAUUUAGUAGGUCAUCAGCAAAUUUUUAUGCAGCUGAAAUUGUUUUGGCUUUAGAAUAUUUACAUUCUCUACAGAUCGUUUAUAGAGAUUUGAAACCCGAAAAUUUAUUAAUCAAUCGUGAUGGCCAUUUAAAAAUUACAGAUUUUGGUUUUGCAAAAAAACUAAGAGAUCGUACCUGGACACUGUGUGGAACUCCCGAAUAUUUAGCACCUGAAAUUAUACAAUCCAAAGGUCAUAACAGAGCAGUGGACUGGUGGGCUUUAGGUAUUCUUAUUUAUGAAAUGCUGGUGGGCUAUCCUCCAUUUUAUGAUGAAAAUCCAUUUGGUAUUUAUGAAAAGAUUCUGGGUGGUAAAAUUGAAUGGCCCCGUCACAUGGAUCCUAUAGCGAAAGACUUAGUUAAGAAAUUAUUAACGAAUGAUCGUACAAAACGUUUGGGCAAUAUGAAGAAUGGGGCUGAUGACGUUAAAAGGCAUCGAUGGUUUAAAGAUUUAAAUUGGAAUGACGUCUAUAACAAAAAGCUUAAGCCACCCAUUAUUCCCGAAGUACAAUAUGAUGGCGAUACCAGCAAUUUUGAUGAUUAUCCCGAAAGUGAUUGGAAACCCGCCAGGGCAGUAGACCAAAGUGAUUUACAAUUAUUUAAAGAUUUCUAAUUAGUCUAAAUAUUAAUUUGCAUUAAUUUAUUUAUUUAUUAAUUUUAAUAUAAGUCUGUAUUUAUGAUAAAUUGAAGAAGAAAAAAAAAAAA